AUGAGUUCUCCCUCUAUCUCGGCCUUCAGCCUCUACGCCAACAUCGACAUCCUCCGGCCCUACUUCGACGUGGAGCCUGUCCAAGUGCGCACCAGACUGCUAGAGUCCAUGGUUCCCGUCAAGAUGAUUAAUUUCCCACAGAAGAUUGCAGGCGAGCUCUAUGGGCCCCUCAUGCUGGUUUUCACGCUGGUGGCCAUCCUCUUGCAUGGGAUGAAGACUUCGGACACCAUCAUUAGGGAAGGCACACUGAUGGGCACAGCCAUUGGCACCUGCUUCGGUUACUGGUUGGGCGUCUCCUCUUUCAUCUAUUUCCUGGCAUAUCUGUGCAAUGCCCAAAUCACGAUGGUGCAGAUGCUGUCACUGUUGGGCUAUGGCCUCUUUGGACACUGCAUCACCCUCUUUGUUACCUAUAAUAUCCACUUCCACUCCCUCUUCUAUAUCUUCUGGCUGGGUGUUGGUGGACUCUCGACACUACGAAUGGUUGCUGUGCUAGUGUCACGUACCGUGGGGCAUACUCAGCGGCUCAUCUUGUGUGGGACCCUUGCUGCUCUGCAUAUGCUUUUCCUCCUCUACCUGCACUUUGCUUAUCACAAGGUAGUAGAAGGUAUCCUGGACACGUUGGAAGGACCUAACAUGCCGCCCUUUCAGAGAGUUGCUAGAGACAUUCCAGUUGUUUCCAACGCUGUACUGAACGCAACAGCCAAAGCCAUGGCAUUGACCCUGUAGUUUCAUGAACUUGGACUUGCUUCCUUCACUACUUUCGGGGCUGUAUAGAGCAGUAUCCCUGCUGUCUCCUAGGAAAAGGACAGAGCAGCAGUUAAAAGGACAGAGCAGUAGGAAUAGGACUUGGUUUUAUGUUGUUUUCCUGGACUUUUCUUUUGGGUUGCAGUUUUGGGCAGCAGAGUGGGGCAGCACCUCAGUGACAGAAUUAGGCUCUUCCCCUGCCCAGGUCUGGGCUGCUUGGCGUAGAGCAGUUCUGUCACCUGCACGCUUCGCUGGGAUUUCCCAGCUCAGUUUGUCCCUCCCCCCAUCUUUCUGCUUCCUCCUAUAACCCCAGGGCUAUGCGCUCUGUUCCUGUCCUGAGGAGGGAAGAAUUAAAUGGAUGUUGGUGCUGAAUGAUGUCUUA